AUGUUUGGACAGUCGUCUAUGGGUGACCCAGUUUCAGACGCUUUGUUCGGGGGAACCGCCUGCAUCAGUUUUGUAGGCUACCUUUAUUCAAAGAGGUCAGUUAAAUUAUUUAUAAUGAAACAAUUUAUAUGACAGUAUUUGAUAUAUAUAAGUUAACUUCAAUGCAUUUGGGAACAGCAAGUGGGGACAUAUUGGGGACAUUUUAGUGAUUCUCUCACACGACACAAAUUGUGUCAGUAAUGAGGCGCAUGAGCAGAUUCUUCACAUCAACCGAGAGAGAGUUCGACUGACACAAAACACUCGUCCGCUGGAAUUAACCUACUGUAGACAGUGGCAGCGCUUUCUUAGUUGGCGCCUGAUACUGGCUCUCAUUACCAAUGAGACUUGGCAUCUUGUUGGAGUAGGAUAAGAAAUGACGGGUCCCUAGCGACGCUAAGGGUGGACUGAAUCUCAACCAAAGAGGAAUAACAAGUGAAGACAACAUCUGAAGUUGAGCAUGAAGCAUCGCGGUUCGUGACUCUUUCAAUCGAAGUAGAUUUAUGUCUAGGAUAAUUGCUCAGAUUCUCCGAAAUAUCUCCCGUAUGACUAUAUGUUAAAUCGAAGAUCCACCUGGUUCAGCAGAAGUGUUUUGGAAGCCCGUCUGUGUGAGGAUGAAGUCCAGGCGCAGGUUGUGUUCAGCAGGCUGGGAGUCAAUGGUGCUGUCCAGCGUCCUGCUGCUUCACUUCGCUUCUUUGUGUGUUAAUGGCAGUUCCUUUAUCUCCAACUCUACUGGGACUAACUCCUCAGACCUGAAUGGGAAUGGGCUUAAGCUUGCACUUCCUAUCACCAGGACCCACGUUCACUCUCAGAAACCACGAGCUGGAGAAGAGUCCGGCAGCCUUGGAGAAACCUCAUCCAGUGCUGUGAGGGACAGCAGUUUUGAAAGGGAACACGUCAUUGAUUUGACGAUAGACGGCAUGGCUGCCCGGCUGCCCACGCUGGCUGAACCCCGGACACGUGGCCUGUCCCAGCUAGACUUUAACGAGGAGAGAACUGAGGACAGUGCUCCACGCUGGAAAAGCGAGAGACUACAAGCGGAUGGGACGUUUAUAGAUCCGGUCACUAGUCCUUCUCCUGAGUCCACCCCUUCCCAACCAGAAGAAGUUAUCAAGGUGAAUUUUUACAAUCCUUCUUACCAACAGAGUGUUCCUGAUCCUCCUGCUUGGGUUCAGGAGCUCCAGGGUAGUUUUUAUGAUUAUCUAUCACCUGACUAUUCACCCACUGAAGUUUAUCUAGAGGAGAGCCAACCAUUGCCACCUGACAUGGAAGAUGAAAACGUUCCUCUCAUAGCCAGCACAGUUCCCUCCAACGCUAGAGUUAUUACCCUUGAUGAUGGAUCUGGAGAAUCUUCAGCUGGAGCAUCGGAUGUGCUCACCUCCGGUUGUCUCUAUGGUUUUGUGCGUUACAAUGGCACAUGUAUCUCGUCAUGCGACAUCUUCCCUAGUUACUGCUUCAAUGGAGGACAGUGUUAUGUGGUGGACAGUAUUGGUGCUUUUUGCCGGUGUAACAUUCAGGAGUAUAUCUGGAACAAAGGUUCAAGGUGCGAGUCGGUCAUUUCUGAUUUCCAAGUGAUGUGUAUAGCAGUGGGUGGAGCUGCUGUCAUGUUGUUACUCCUCUUCAUGGUUAUAGUCGUUUUCUCCAAGAGGAUGCACGUGCUAAAGACUGAAAACAGACGACUUCGCAAGCACAGUAAGUUUCGUCCUAAGUCGGAGCAGCACAUCGAUAACUUCUCGCUGUCCACUGUCGCAGAGGGCUCUCAGGCAAAUGUAAGGAAACUCUGUGACACCCCGACUAACCUCCCCCAUGCCCGUGCUUUGGCUUGCUAUGAUAACCUUAUGUGUCAGAAAACCAUGACCAGAUACACGUGGGAAUAUAAACCCAAAGAGGAUCCCUGCAGCGAGGAUUGCACUUGCAAAGAAGAGCCAUGCAAAUGUCCCCCUAAAGAGGACGAGUCUUUGAAGAACCAGAACUCACUCAUGCCAAAACUGGAAGACGACAAGGCUGCAACAGAAGACAAUGCAGAGGAGGGUGGUGUGACCAUCGACUUAGAGUUGCUUCUCCCCAAAGAGGCGAAAAUGCUCCCCGAGACAAGCCCGCCACUGCACUACAAUGUCUUUCUCUACAAGCACCCCAAAUCCCCUAAAAAGUCACCUGUGCUGCGCCUUCCUCCUGGCAGAUCGGUACAGGGGAGGCCUGUGUCCCAGCUCUUCCCCAGACGUAGCUCCGAACCCAGCUACUGCCCCAUUAGCACACGUUCCCUACCGGGAGUCCUGUCCGGCUCAUCCAGCCCUCACCUGGGCACGGACUACACACCUUAACAGUAGUGAUGUCCAAAAAAAAAUGGCAAAUUUAUCCUACAUGCUACUUGACUGUGAGAAAUUUAAGACACUGAUUGGUAAUGAGUGAGUCUUGUGAAUAAACAAGAAAUGAAAUGGGAUGCAUUUUAGCGUAGGCCUUUACCGAAACAAAAUCACUCCGCAUCGCAACAAAGGUUAGUAGAUGAUAAAUGAUGAAAUGAAUUAGCAUUGAUGUGUAACAGGAGAAUAAAGGAAAAAUAAGUCGAGAAACUGUUAAUUUGGUGUUACAGACAAACAUGGAUCUCAGAUAUGUGUUAUGGUGCCAUGUUUUAUGUUGUGUUUUGUCAAACAGCACAUUCAUAUUCAUACACAUGCAUUCACAAAAAUGAUGGAACCUGUAAACAUUCAGGGCAAACAACUUGAUAACUAUUAUUAUUAACAAGGUGCUUUUUGUGUGUUUUUGAGGUUAGAUUAAAACUUUGAGAAUAAAUAAUUUAAUUGUUUACAUCUGACAGUGUUUAUUGUUGGUUCUUCGGACAAAAAUUUGGUCAUAGUAGUAGUUUGUCAAUAAUGCAAGAGGGCAGUAACAGAGACAUUUUUCCAGCCAAAGCCAGUUCGUUGAUGAUUCUGUGAUAUCAAUCAUCAUCCUUUUCAACUCUCUUCCAAUAGUGCAUGUGAAAUCAGUCGUGUCCCCAACUAAGCAAGCCAAACGCAACAGAUCAUGUUUGUCAUAAGAUUUGUGUUAUCAUGUUUUGGUUGCACUUUAUUUUACAGUACGUGUACUAACAUGUACUUACAGUGUAUUUAUCUAAGAAAGUUCUGGUAACACAAGGUAACUACAAUGGGGUAGGGUUAGGUUUAGGGGUAGGUUCAGGGUUAGUACCUAGUUAUUAAAUAGUUAUUGUAAUUACUAUAAUACACAGUAUGUACAUGAGGAACAGGAGUGUAAAAUAAAGUGCUCCCAUGUUUUCUUGUAAAUGUAUUAUUCAAGAAUAAAUCAACAGGAAGAAUUGUAA